AUGCCUAGACCCGUCGUUAUCUCUGGUCCUUCCGGUACCGGUAAGUCCACUCUUUUGAAGAAGUUGUUGGCUGAGUUCCCAGACAAGUUUGGCUUUUCUGUUUCCAACACUACUAGAACACCAAGAGCUGGUGAAAAAAAUGGUGUGGAUUACCAUUUCACCACGGUUGACGAUUUCAAGAAGAUGAUCGACGAGAAGAAGUUCAUCGAGUGGGCCCAGUUCUCUGGCAACUACUACGGUACUUCCAUCAAGGCCGUGGACGACGUGGCUCAACAGAACAAGAUCUGUAUUUUAGACAUUGAUAUGCAAGGCGUCAAGGCUGUCAAGCAGCUGUCUCUUGAUGCUCGUUACUUGUUCUUGAGUCCGCCUUCUAUAGACAUUUUGAAGGAGAGAUUGACUGGCAGAGGUACUGAGACUGACGAUUCUAUUGCUAAGAGAAUCGAAGCUGCUGCUGCCGAGAUGGAGUACGCUGAAACCGGUGCUCACGACAAGGUUGUGGUGAACGACGACUUGGAGAAGGCGUACGGUGAGUUUAAGGACUUUAUCGUUGCCGAGUAG